AUGUCGCCAGACACACUCGCUCUAAACGGCAAGGUCGCCAUCAUUACCGGAUCAGCCAAAGAGAACGGCAUUGGCGCAGGUAUUGCGUCUGCCCUGGCGCGUAAUGGUGCCUCGGUGGUCAUCAACUAUGUCUCCGAAUCGUCUGGCCCUCGCGCCGCAGAGGUGGCCAAGAAGAUUGAACAAGCCGGAGGGAGAGCCGUUGUUGUGCGAGCAGAUGUAUCGACCCCGGAGGGAGCGAAGCAUCUUGUUGAAACCUCCCUCAAGGCUUUACAGGUCGACAAGGUCGAUAUCCUAGGUAUGUGGCAUCUCAAAUCGGAACUCUUACCCUCAUUUCUUCCGGCUCGCAUCGUUGGAAAGUUGACAUGGGAUCAAUUAUGUGUCAUAGUGAACAAUGCAGGGGGAGGUCCCAUCGUCCCAGUAAUGCAAGCGACAAAAGAUGACGUGGAAAAGACCUUCGCGGUUAACGUCUUCGCCUCUCUGUACAUGACGCAAGCCGUGGUUUCUGUGAUGCCUCGAGGAGGGCGCAUUAUCAACAUCGGCUCCAUUGCGUCGAAAAUGGGCAUGGCGCCAAUUCCGUUGUAUAGUGCAUCCAAAGCCGCCAUGGAUACGCUGUCAUAUGCAAUGGCAAUGGAGCUCGGACGAGGACAUGGGAUCACGAUCAACACAAUAGCGCCGGGACCUGUUCCAACAGAUGGUCUGCCCAAGGGGCCGGUUGCCGACGCUGUGCACAACUUCCUCAUACCACUCACGAGAGCCGAAGAGAGAAUGGGAACAGUCGACGAUAUCGCCGAUGCGGUGCUUCUUCUUGCCUCGGAAAAGAGUCGAUGGAUAACUGGCCAGUUCAUCUCAACGAGUGGCGGAAUUACCGGAGGAUGA